AUGGAUUUGGAAACAGCACGUGCCAAUUAUCCAAACAGAUUAGAGAGGUUAGAAGAAGAACGUCUUAUGGACAUGCCUUUCGAUGUUAGUGAACCUCAAGUUGAAGGACACGACGGCUUUGCCAGAUUCUACUGGAAACAUGACGAACAAUUGCAUCCUUUGAGAAGGAAAAAAGGAAAAGGUGAAGACGCACAUGCUCCCAUGGAAAGAACAAGAUAUGCAUAUGAGAAGUAUCGUGAAGUUAGAAGUCAAAUUACAUCUGGUCGAACCUUUACAGUAAACUUUGACGAAGGAAAGAACAAAGAAGGCUUCAUGGGUGUACUUGCUGCCAUACAAGACGGAAAUAAGAAAGGAUACAAUCUCAGAUUGACCAUAACAGAUUUAGAUGGUCAUAUUUACUAUGCACAUGGCAAUGUCACAACAGCUGCAAUGCUUCUUGACGCUUUCAAGACUACAAAGAGAGAACAAAUGGUUGAUUCCGACUCAGACAUCCUGAAUGCAAUUGAAGGAAUUGCAAGUGUAAAGUUUGAAUGGUACCAACAUAACCCUCAAGCAGUCAGACAACAUGCUGGAUACUUCCCGUUCAUAAAUAAGUCUGACAUUGACUUGACAAGGUAUGGAAUUUACAAUUCAAUUGAAACAAUUGUCAAUGAACCUUGCAUUCUUACAUGUCUCAGGAACUCUGGUCUUGUUACAGAUGAGAAGAUGAAGUAUCUUGAGUCAUGUGUGAAGACAAGGUACAUUCUCAGAGGUCAAUUGGCAAAAAUUGCACCGUUGGCAAAUGUCAAUAUCCGAGUUAACAUUCCGACUGAGAAAGGUUCUUCACAUGACGACUAUGUUGUUGAGUUCAAUUUACCAUGGUUGAAGAUUGUAAUUGUCCACAACCACUUCAUGUUGAACGAAAGUCUUACAAACCCAUUGUUCGGAAAAGGCAAGUGCAACAUUGUCAGAGCU